AUGAAUAGCAUUUUUUCUUUAUAUACAAAUCGUUAUAUUCCUUUUUCUUUUUAUAAAGAAAGUUAUAGUGUUUUAGAAAAUUACGAAGAAGUAGAAAACGGCCAAGGUAUUGUCUGUGAUGAUGUAAUAGUUAUUUCAUCAAGAAUUAUGAAUGGUUAUUGUAAAAUUUUACUUAUUUUAUUCAACCCGUCAUUGACAAGAUAUUUAAUUAGUUAA